AUUACUCUGGGUUUCGGCUACACUCUCGUCGGAUUCCCGGGUCCAUCUCCUGGCGUGCGGGCGCCGGGGCGGCGGGACCCAUGGCCCGGGUCGCUGCAGCGGAGCUCCGGGUCUUGUGGAUGAUGCAUACUAAGUUCUAAGGAGGAAGUCAAGCAAAGAUCAAGAGUACUGGAGAGGAGCCUUUGAAACCACAACGAUGACAAGGGAAAAUUGGGCCCAGAGUCCUCUGAGACAGGAGGGCCUUAUUAAAGGAAGGGAUGAUACCUGGAAAUGGGGGACCAGCUUCCAGGGAAGCAACUCCUCUGUUUGGGAGACUUCUCACCUGCACUUCAGACAGUUACGUUACCAUGACACAUCCGGACCCCGGGAGGCACUCAACCAGCUCAGGGAGCUGUGCCGUGGAUGGCUGAUGCCAGAAGCACGCACCAAGGCUCAGAUCCUGGAGCUCCUGGUACUGGAGCAGUUCUUAAGCAUCUUGCCUGUGGAGAUUCGGACCUGGGUACAAAUCCAUCGCCCUGGGAAUGGUGAGGAGGCUGUGGCCCUGGUAGAGGAGCUGCAGAAAGACCUCGAUGGACCAACACUAAAACUUCCAGACCUUGUCCGGGACCAGGGCACCCUCCAGGAAGAGACGAGUACUCCAGGAACUCCCUUUCGACAGGCACCCAAUGACAGCCGCUUCUCAGCUGAAAUCUGCCCAAAUCCUAUUGAUCCAGUGGUUUUCAACCUCAAGGAUCCAUCACAUGAUUCUCCUGCCUCUGAGGCUUCUGUCCUUUCCCAGGAAGAGAACCCAAGAAAUCAGUUAAUGGCACUUAUGCUCCUAACUGCACAGCCACAGGAGCUGGUGUUGUUUGAAGAGGUUUCGGUAUGCUUCACUUCAGAGGAGUGGGCAUGUCUGGGCCCAGUUCAGCGGGCCCUGUACUGGGAUGUGAUGCUGGAGAACUACGGAAAUGUGACCUCUUUAGAAUGGGAGACUAUGAUUGAGAAUGAAGAGAUGCCAUCAAAGCCAAGAAUAUAUCAAAGAGAUUUUCUGAAAGGAUCCUCAAAUAAACUUCAAAGUGGUGGUCCCCUGGCUCCUCAUUUUGGGGAAGAGUGUGAAUGGCAGACUUUAUCAAGUCAGUGGGAAAAUAAAACAGAGGAGAGAGAGAUGCUGCAGAAAGUUUCCCUCUAUGAAGGAAGCAGGAAAAAAAGGACCCAGCCAGAAAAACAAAAGCAAAAGUGGACGAAAUUUGGAGAAAACUUGACUUUACUGUCAGCUCUUUCUGGAAACUUAAUAGCUACUGAAGAAAAUAAGUUUUAUAAAUGUGACAUAUGUUGUAAACAGUUCAACAAAAUCUCCUGUCUGAUAAACCAUGGGAGAAUCCACACUGGAGAGAAGCCUCAUAAAUGUAAGGAGUGUGGAAAAGGCUUUAUUCAACGCUCAAGUCUCCUAAUGCAUUUACGGAACCAUUCUGGGGAGAAACCUUAUAAAUGUAAUGAAUGUGGGAAAGCCUUCUCUCAGAGUGCUUACCUUCUUAAUCACCAGCGAAUUCACACUGGGGAGAAACCUUACAAAUGUAAAGAAUGUGGCAAGGGCUUUUAUAGGCAUUCGGGCCUUAUUAUCCACCUCCGGCGCCAUUCUGGGGAGAGACCUUAUAAAUGCAAUGAGUGUGGAAAAGUGUUUUCUCAGAAUGCUUACCUCAUUGACCACCAGAGGCUUCACAAAGGGGAGGAACCUUAUAAAUGUAACACGUGUCAGAAAGCUUUCGUUCUGAAGAAGAGCCUCAUUCUCCAUCAGAGGAUCCACUCUGGGGAGAAGCCUUAUAAGUGUGACGAAUGUGGAAAAACCUUUGCUCAGACCACUUACCUUGUUGACCAUCAGCAUCUCCACAGUGCAGAGAACCCAUACAAAUGUAAAGAGUGUGGGAAAGUUUUCAUCAGGAGCAAAAGUCUCCUUUUACACCAGAGAGUCCACACAGAAAAGAAGAGCUUUAGUUGCAAAAAAUGUGGGAAGAUCUUUAAUUCUAAGACAAACCUGGUUGAUCACAAGAGGAUGCACAGCAAAGAGAAGCCGUAUAAAUGCACUGAAUGUGGGAAGGCUUUCACUCAGAGUGCUUAUCUUUUUGACCAUCAGAGACUCCACAAUGGAGAGAAGCCCUAUGAAUGUAAUGAUUGUGGGAAAGUGUUUGUUCUGAAAAAGAGCCUCAUUUUACAUCAACGGUUCCACACUGGAGAAAAUCUCUAUCAGUGUAAAGACUGUGGCAAGGUCUUUGGUUCUAAUAGAGGCCUCAUUGAUCAUGAGAGACUUCACAAUGGAGAGAAGCCCUAUGAAUGUCGAGAGUGUGGAAAAAGCUUUAUCAUGAGCAAAAGUUUCGUGGUCCAUCAGAAACUCCAUACACAAGAGAAAGCCUACAAAUGUGAGUACUGUGGGAAGGCUUUUAGUUACAAUUCAUGCCUCCUUGUCCAUCGGAGAAUCCACACCAGGGAGAAACCUUUUGAGUGUGGUGAGUGUGGAAAAGCUUUUAGUUCUAAUAGGAAUCUUCUUGAACAUAAGAGGAUCCACAGUGGUGAGAAACCCUACGAAUGUAAUGAGUGUGGCAAGUGCUUCAUUCUGAGGAAAAGCCUCAUUGGACAUCAGAGGAUUCAUACACAGGAAAAAUCCUACAGAUGUAGUGACUGUGGUAAAGUCUUCAGCUACCGCUCAUACCUGAUAGCCCAUCAGAGAACCCACACUGGCGAGAAGCCCUAUGUUUGUAAUGAGUGUGGGAAAGCCUUCACUUACAAUAGAUACCUCAUUGAACAUCAAAGAAUUCACAGUCGGGAAAAAACUUACGAAUGCCAAAUUUGUGGAAAGGUCCUUACCUCUAGUAGAAACCUUAUGGCACAUCAAAGAAUCCACACUGGAGAGAAACCUUAUAAAUGUAAUGAGUGUGGGAAAAACUUCAGUCAGAAAAAAAGUCUUAGUGCCAACUUGGUGGUGCACCAACGCAUCCACACCGGGGAGAAGCCCUUCGAGUGCCACGAGUGUGGCAAGGCCUUCAUCCAGAGCGCCAACCUCGUGGUGCACCAGCGCAUCCACACGGGCCAGAAGCCCUACGUGUGCGCCAAAUGCGGCAAGGCCUUCACCCAGAGCUCCAACCUCACCGUCCACCAGAAGAUCCACUCCCUGGAGAAGACCUUCAAAUGCCCCGACUGCGAGAAAGCCUUCAGCUACAGCUCGCAGCUGGCCCGCCACCAGAAAGUGCACAUCACCGAGAAGUGCUACGAGUGCCACGAGUGUGGCAAGACCUUCACGCGCAGCUCCAACCUCAUCGUCCACCAGAGGAUCCACACCGGGGAGAAGCCCUUCGCCUGCAGCCACUGCGGCAAGGCCUUCACCCAGAGCGCCAACCUGAUCGUGCACCAGCGCAGCCACACCGGGGAGAAACCCUACGAGUGCAAGGACUGCGGGAAGGCCUUCAGUUGCUUCUCCCACCUGAUCGUGCACCAGAGGAUCCACACGGCCGAGAAGCCUUACGACUGCAGCCAGUGCGGGAAGGCCUUCAGCCAGCUCUCUUGCCUUAUCGUGCACCAGAGGAUCCACAGCGGCGAUCUGCCUUACGUGUGCAACGAGUGCGGCAAGGCCUUCACCUGCAGCUCCUACCUGCUCAUACACCAGCGCAUCCACAACGGGGAGAAGCCCUAUACCUGCGGCCAGUGUGGCAAGGCCUUCAGGCAGAGGUCCAGCCUCACCGUGCACCAGCGGACCCACACUGGGGAGAAGCCCUAUGAAUGUGGGAAGUGCGGGGCAGCUUUCAUCUCCAACUCCCAUCUCAUGCGCCACCACAGAACCCACCUCGUGGAGUAAGGGGAGAAGGGGAGAUGGGCAUCUUGCCUGGCACUGGGCAAGCCCCUCUCCUUGCUCGCAGUACACACCUCUUUGCUGUUUUCUUCCUUUGUGGACAUGCAACGUGCUGUCUGGAGAGAUAGCGCAUGGGUAGGGUGCUUGCCUGGCUCACAGCUGACC